GACGCGCAGCGGAUGCGUCCGUCGCAGCGCAACACUUUUCCAGAGGCUCUUCCUCGCCAUUAGCUACGAUUGAAAACUCCCCCCAAUGCCUUUCCAUCCCCGGAUAUGCCACCUUCCUCGACUGUGCUUAGAUUAGCGUGUGUGUCUUUGCUUGCGGGGUUUGUCCAGUUUUUGAGUUUUAGGUGAGCAUGUGCGUAAUUUUGCGAGGAUUGCCGCGGUGCCCCCGGGAGUGAGUUAGGCAAUAUGCGUCGCUGGGACAUGAUUCUCAACCGAAAGGCUUAUGGAAUAUAGCCCGGUGUGUCACAGCCUGUACGCCCUCUGGUCCAGCCCCGUGAAGAAGAAGCUACUACUGCUCAGCAUCAUGUUUUUAAUCUGGGUAUACAUGCUGUACUCCUGCGUGGGCUACUGCUCCACUAUGCCAAGUUUGGUGGUGGACAGCUACCGGGGCAAGGAGGCUGGCCCGGCGGUGGGCAAGAGGACAGAGAGCAGCAGAACGGACCUGGUGUCCCGACUGCUGGCCAACCCGCAGCCCUGGGAGGACACGGAGAGCGACUACGAGGAGCCGUCCAUCAGGACCGCCGCGUCCAGGGACCUGCUCAAUAACGAGCUGGAGACGGACAGAGCCGACGAGUGGGACGAGGUGCGGGGCGAGCAGCAGAGAGCCCCCGAGCCCAGCGCCAUGUCCAGCUUCUCCAACGGCUCCGGGAGCAAGAAGCUGCCGCAGGCGAUCAUCAUCGGGGUGAAGAAGGGAGGCACCCGGGCUCUGCUGGAGUUUCUCCGCGUUCAUCCGGACAUCAGGGCGGUGGGAGCGGAGCCGCACUUCUUCGACCGCAACUAUGAGAACGGACUGGAGUGGUACAGGGAGCUGAUGCCCAAGACCCUCGAGGGCCAGAUCACCAUGGAGAAAACGCCCAGCUACUUUGUGACCAGAGAGGCUCCAGCCCGGAUCUCCGCCAUGUCCCGGGACACCAAGCUGAUUGUGGUAGUGAGGGACCCCGUCACCAGGGCUAUCUCAGACUACACGCAGACACUGUCUAAGAAGCCUGACAUUCCCUCUUUCGAGAGCCUCACCUUCAAAAACAGGACUACGGGGCUCAUCGACACCUCAUGGAGCGCCAUCCAGAUCGGCAUCUACGCCAAGCACCUGGACAACUGGCUGCAGUACUUCCCCAUGGACCAGAUCCUGUUUGUGAGUGGCGAGCGUCUGAUCAGCGACCCGGCCGGAGAGCUGGGCCGCGUGCAGGACUUCCUGGGGCUCAAGAGGAUCAUCACAGACAAACACUUUUACUUCAACCAGACCAAGGGUUUCCCGUGCCUCAAGAAGGCAGAGGGCAGCAGCAAGCCCCACUGCCUGGGCAAAACCAAAGGGAGGACCCAUCCAAACAUUGACCCUGAGGUGGUGCAGAGGCUACGGGACUUCUACAGGCCCUUCAACAUGAAGUUCUACCAGAUGACAGGACAUAACUUUGGUUGGGAUUGACGUGAAAAUUAUGAGAGACAUUCUUUGUUUAUUUGUUAAGAAGUAAUUUUUUUUCCUCUGUAAUUCAAUGGCAAGAUGUGGAGAUAUUGCUAUAUAUAUGUAAAAUGUACAGAAAUCUAUUUUAUAAUAAUUUAUUUUUAUUUCUUAACAAUUAAUUCACUAAGCUGCCUAACCAUAUUUGUACAUAACAUCUGGCCCACAUGUUGUUUUUAACAUUCCUCAUUUUAAUUUUGAAUUCUCUCGCUCCUCCCUCGUGGUUCUGUAAUCUCAGCGGAUUUAUCGGUGCUUCAUAAUGCAGAUAAUCAGCGAUAACUGAGGAAGAAACUGGGGGGGAUCAUGUAAAAGCACCAUAUUACGGGUACAGAGUGCUCACAGAGAAGUGGAGAACACCUAUCCAUGUGCAUCCUCAUUUAUAUACGCAGCAACACUUUACCUUCAUCUUUUUCAAACCCUU